CACGUGGCUUCCAAAGAGGAGGGGCAGGGCUGACUCCUGAUCAAAUGGGUGAGAGAGUCCAGGCCAGCAACACAAUCAUUCAAAGUCCAGAUGAGGGAUCAGUAAAUGCAACGUGCCUCAAAGGUAGCCCUGAACACAUGCCUCGGGUAGAUAUUAACUUAUUAAAUCGAUCCUGAUUACAAAUAUAAACUUUGUCCAAUCUCACCUGGCAAGCAGGAGAAAGGUAGAUGUCUGUCUAUAAAAAGGGAAAUGCUAAGCAUUUCUGGCUUUCAGGCUUUAGCAUCUUCUCUCUGCCAAGAUGUGGCACCUCAAACUUUUUGCAGUGCUCAUGAUCUGCUUGCUGAUGCUGGGUGAGGCAAAUGGCUCCCCGGUACCAGAACUGAGUUCAGCAAAGAGACGACCACGGAGAAUGACACCUUUUUGGAGAGGGGUUUCUCUCAGACCUAUUGGAGCCUCCUGUCGGGACGAUUCUGAGUGCAUCACAAGGCUAUGCAGAAAAAGACGCUGCUCCUUAAGUGUGGCCCAGGAAUAACGCCCAUCCUAGGGGAAGAAGAGACAGCCGUGACCUCCAAUGCUCCGUUCUAUGGAAUAUUGAUGAACUGCAUUUUGGCUGGAGAUACUUAAGUGAAGCAAUCUUGUGUUUUUAAUAUUUAAAAGAUGCAUGCUUUCGACUGGUCUCCAUUUUCUUCUUGGUAUAUUGAUGUGUGGAUAACA